AUGGCACGUACAAAGAAAACAGCCCGUAAGAGUUCCGCAUGGAGGGACAUAAUCAUCCGUCGACAACUUAAAAGGGACGCCGCAGCUAACAAGGAAACCCCCGCUCAAGAACCAUCUCAGAAGCCUAGAGUUUCCUCUGAAAGCGAACCGUCAGAAGAUCCUAACUACUACUCCAAGACAGUUAUAAUCAUCGAUUCUGACAGCGAGCCGGAGGAAGAACCGGACUAUGAUUCUAAGGCAGACCCCGAAAGCGUUCAUAAGGGAAAGACAAUGGAGGCUACGAUAAAGGACAACAGAAGCUAUAGUCCUACUAGCUCAAAAAUGAAUAGAGGAGGAAGAAAUGGAGGACGUGGAGGUAGAGGUGGUGGUCGUGGUGGAAAUAAUGGGGUUAAUGAUGGAGAAGGUGAUGGUGGCAAUCCGGAUAUUGCAAACAUGAUCACUCAGCAAAUAGCUGCCGCUAUUCCUACUAUUGUUACUCAAAAUAACAACAUCAUUGGGGGCAAUAAUAAUGGAUGCACCUAUAGGGAGUUUCAAUAUUGUAAACCACCAGAUUUUGAUGGCAAGGGAGGAGCAUUGGCAGCCACUAGAUGGAUAGAGAAAAUGGAAGCUGUCAUGGAUAUUAGCAACUGUGCAGAGAAUCAAAAGGUGAGGUAUGCCGCAGCUUCACUGACUAAUAAAGCAUUGACAUGGUGGAACACUGAGAUACAAGCUAGGGGUAGAGUAGCAGCUGUGGGGAUGACAUGGGACGAGUUUAAGGAAUUACUACUGGAAGAAUUCUGUCCGAAAAAUGAAAUGCAGAAGUUGGAAAAUGAAUUUUGGAAUCAUUCAAUGGUAGGAGCCAAACAUGCCGCUUACACUGAUCGGUUUUAUGAGCUUGCCAAACUAGUACCUCACCUUGUUAGACCUGAAUCAAAUAGGAUCCAGAGGUACAUCUAUGGUCUUGUUCCCCAAAUUCGUGGGCUUGUGUCAGCAACUGAGCCAACCACGAUUCAAAGUGCUAUUCAGAAAGCAGGAUCUUUAACGGAUGAAAUGGUGAGAAAUGGGUCAUUGUCUAAGGUUAAUGAGAAAAGGAAGGAUGGUACUGAGACAAGUAGGUCAAAGAAUACUGAUGGAAAUAACAAGAAGGCAAAAAUGGCAACAGGGUUGAUGGCAACGGAUGCGACUAAGAUCGGAUAUACGGGUUCUGCUCCAAAGUGUACAAAAUGUCAAUUCCAUCAUUUCCAAAAUUCACCUUGCCGUUUGUGUACAAACUGCAACCGAUUUGGACACCUUGCUAGAGACUGUCGAGUGGGAGUCAAGCAGGUGGCUCCGGUGAAUGCUGUUAACCCGAUAAAUAACCGUGGAACGUGCUAUGAGUGCGGUAGUCAUAACCAUUACCGCAACACGUGUCCAAAUUUGAACCGAGCAUGGGGUCAGAGGGGUAAUAAUCCAAAUCAAGUACUAGCUAUUGGUGGAACUCAGAAUCAAGGAAAUAAUCAGGGACAAAGAGCUAACAAUCAGAAUCAAGUGGUAGCUAAUGGAGGGAAUCGGAAUCAAGGGAAUAAUGCCAACCAAGCCCGUGGUAGAGCUUUUGUCAUGGUAGCAAAUGAAGCUCGUCAAGAUCCAAAUAUUGUGACGGGUACGUUUUCCUUAAACAAUCACCUUGCUACAGUAUUAUUCGACUCUGGUGCUGAGUACAGUUUUGUUUCUAUUAAGUUUAUGCCACUCCUAGAUAGAGAACCCAAAAUAUUGAAUACUUAUUUCUUGGUUGAGGUAGCUAAUGGAAAAUUUGAUAGAGUUGAUAGAAUCAUUAAUGAUUGUACCUUAGAAAUAGAAGGUCAUCUGUUCAGUGUUAACCUUCUGCCUUUCUCGUUAAGGAGUUUUGACGUAGUUAUUGGUAUGGAUUGGCUAUCGAAGCAUAGAGCCGAGAUAAUUUGCUAUGAGAAGGUGGUCCGUAUACCGCUAGGAAAUAGUGAAAUGCUACUCAUAUAUGGGGAGCGGGUGGAGGAAAAUCAGAAGCACCUCAUGGGCAUUCAGGCUAACGAGAAGAAACUCGAAGAUAUUCCUAUCGUACGGGAUUUUCCACAAGUUUUUCCCGAAGAUCUAACAGGAUUACCUCCUGUAAGACAAGUUGAAUUCCGUAUAGAUCUUAUUCCGGGAGCGACGCCAGUCGCCAAAGCUCCAUACCGUUUAGCACCUACCGAAAUGCAAGAACUGUCUAAUCAACUCCAAGAGCUCCAAGAAAAAGGCUUCAUCAGACCUAGUCAUUCGCCUUGGGGAGCACCAGUAUUGUUUGUCAAGAAGAAAGAUGGUUCGUUUCGUAUGUGCAUCGAUUACCGGGAGUUGAACAAACUGACAGUUAAGAAUCGUUACCCUCUUCCUAGAAUCGACGACUUAUUCGAUCAACUUCAAGGUGCGAAGUUCUUCUCGAAAAUAGACCUUCGGUCCGGAUAUCAUCAACUCAGAGUUAAUGAAGCAGAUAUUCCAAAAACAGCAUUCAGGACUCGAUAUGGACAUUUUGAGUUCUUAGUCAUGCCUUUCGGUUUGACUAAUGCACCCGCAGUUUUCAUGGAUUUGAUGAACCGUGUAUGCAAACCCUAUCUCGAUAAGUUUGUUAUUGUAUUCAUUGAUGACAUUUUAAUCUAUUCGAAGUCUAAGGAAGAACAUGAAUCUCACUUGAAAAUGAUUCUUGAACUACUUUGGAAAGAGAGAUUGUUUGCUAAGUUUUCGAAGUGCGACUUUUGGUUACAAGAAGUUCAUUUCCUUGGGCAUGUAGUGAAUAGUGAAGGAAUCCAUGUUGACCCCAGUAAGAUCGAAGCAGUAAAAGAUUGGAAGACUCCUACGACGCCAUCAGAGAUUCGUUCAUUUCUAGGCUUGGCCGGGUAUUAUCGACGAUUCAUCGCUAACUUCUCGAAAAUCGCUCAACCACUUACUCAGUUAACCCAGAAGGAUAAGAAGUUUGAUUGGGGAGAUAAGCAAGAAAAGGCAUUCCAAACACUGAAAGAAAAUCUAUGUAACGCUCCUAUUCUUACCCUCCCCGAUGGUCCGGACGAUUUUGUAGUUUAUUGUGAUGCUUCAAAUCAAGGCUUGGGAUGUGUACUAAUGCAAAGGGGUAAAGUGAUUGCUUAUGCCUCUCGGCAACUCAAAAUUCAUGAGAAAAACUACACCACCCAUGACUUGGAGCUUGGUGCAGUGGUUUUUGCACUCAAAUGUUGGAGGCACUAUCUCUAUGGGACGAAAAGUGUGAUCUACACCGAUCACAAGAGUCUCCAACAUAUUUUCGAUCAAAAGAGUUGA